CCGGUGAUAGAAGAAUACGGACUUGAAGAUGUCUGAAGUCCAGAAAUACACGAUAGCGGAUGUCGCGAGCCGCAACGGACGAGGUGGAGCGCCCGUCUGGAUGAUAUACAAGGACUCCGUGUACGACGUCACUUCCUACAUCCCUGAGCAUCCCGGCGGUGAUGUGAUCUUAGAAGAGGCUGGCACAGACGCAACGAAAGCUUUCGACGACGUGGACCACUCUUCCGACGCCAUCACAAUAUUAAAGAAAUAUAAAAUAGGUGAAAUUGUCGAGGAAGAAAGGAAAUAUGAUGCUAAUGGCAAAAAGAAGAAGCGCGUAGUAGCUGCCGCACCAGAGAAAGAUGGUAACAGAAGUUGUAUGAACAAGAUCACCUGCGGGCUGCUGGGCUGAUAGCCGUUUAUAUUUACUUAUUUCAACUCCAACAGCAGACUGCAGAUUUAUCUAGUCCCGCCGCUAAGAGAAUGCGUUCCCGACCUCUGUCAGUUGGUUAUGACUAUAAAAUAUAUUAAAAAAAGAAACAAUUGACGUAACCUAAUAACAGGGCGUAUGGAUUAAAAAAAAACUUAUUUAUUUUAAUCGAUAAUUUAAGCCCAAAAUUAUAAAGUUUAUUAUAAGUUGGCAUAAUGAUAUGUGUUUUAAAGAUAUUUGUCGUUUGAAGGACAAACAAACUAGUAUAAUAUUUUUAUUAAAAUUUCUUUCCACUUCCAAGUUAUAUUGUCUAUUCGUUUACGAAUCUGCCAGGAACGUAUUCUCUGAGCGGCCGGUCGUUAGCCAACGAAUUCAGUACAAAGUUAUUAUAAAAAAUAUGAAUUUGAAAGAAAUAAAAGUUUGAAGGCGAAAUUGUAGCGAGAGAGAGGGAAGUAAUAAAAUGGUAUCCACCAUUUUAAUUGUGUAAUUGUAAUGAAAAUAGACUCGAGUCUCUACCAGUACUGCUAAUCUGUGAGAACUCGCUUCGUAUCUCAACCGUAAAAUUUUGAAAACGGUGUAUAUUUUUUGAUGCGGGUAUUCUUUAAUAUUCUAUUUAUUAUAAUCAAUUUCGAAUAUAGUGUCGUGGUUUGCGGUAAAUAUCGAGUUUUUUUACAUAAUAUCACUUAUUUUUAGAGAAUUAAACAAAAAAGUACUUUUUUGUUACUGUAUACGACGAAUUGGGAUAAAAAUACCUACCGUAUUACAUUUUAAUAUUCACGAUGGGUUGAUAUAAUCUGAGAGAGA